UGACGUCAUUUCCUUAGUACACAAACCCCAAACAACGAGGAUUAUAUUGUCUGGUGACAGUAAGCUAGAAAUUACAACCUUGUAUUUGGCUUAUACCUGUUGCUGUUAGAUGUCGCCGUAGAUUCCUUACCUUUAUCGGACCAUUUAUCAAUUUCUGUGUGACCGUUGCCGAUACUUGUAUCGCGAGAGCGGUAAAUUAUUACACCCAAAGUUAGGCAUUGCCUAACAAGGACGUGACAUCAAAAUGAUGAUCUCAAGACCACGGAGAACCCGGGAAGUUACCGGGCCUACACCGGCAUCAGUAGCAAUUAAAGCCAGACCACCAAAUGUUCGCCCUCCAGAGUAUCUGAUUCUUGAAAGAAGGAAACAGGAGGAAAAACAGAGAGAGCAUCAAGAUAUGACAAGUUAUAUGGAAGUCUGUGAUUUGAAGAAUGAAUGGGAAAGAUGGACUGAUAAAAAAAUACAGCUAAACACAGUGAAAAGGAGGGUUGAAGGAUUGAUGCAGGCAAAUGAAUUCAGUGUUGAAGACAGGAGAGAGAGGUUGCGAACAAUGUUGAGGAAUGAGGAACAACAUUACCUGGAGGAGAUGACAGCAAAAGAGGAGACAACUAUUGAGAGACAAGCCAAGAUGAGAGAGCGGGCCAAGUUUCUGAAGGACAAGCGUGAAGGAGAACGACUACAACUGGUGCAAGACAAGCUAGACCAGCAGUUCAGGAACCAUUGCGAGGAACUCCGGUCGACUCUGUCCAAGAGGCAACAGGACCAGGUGUGUGCUGAGCGCUUGGAUCAACUCCGCUACAAAGAGGAGCUCGAGAUUGAGAAGGCAGCUCAGGACCAGAUGUAUGCUCAGCUAUGGGAGGAAGACAGACUGAAGAAAGCAGAACGUGAGGAACGCGAGGCCAAAGCGCAGCAUGAGCGCAACAGGGAAGUUCUCGAGGUUCUACGUAAACAGAUGGCAGCAUUGGAGAAGCAGAAAGAUGAGGAACGUCUGCUCAAGGAUGAAGAGGCACAGCUGCUGAGAGAACAGGCUGCACUGAGGAAGAUGGAGGAGCAGCAGGCACAGUUGGAGAAGAUCAGGAAGCAGAAGGAGACUCGGGACAUGCUGGAUCUCUCCCUCAAGAUGAAGAUGAAGAAGAAGGCCAGGGAGGAACAGGAACAGCUGGCCUUUGACCUCAAGAUGCUGGAGCAGCUCCUUGAGGAGUCGCGCAAUGAGGCAAUGGAACAGAUGCAGAGGAAGCGUGAACUUCGUGAGGAGGACCGCCGUUACCGUGACUACCUGACGCAACUGAUGGCUGAAGAGAAAGCCAAGGAGAUUGAGUUGGAGCGUUUGAUCAGCGAGGAGGUGGAGAAGAUGUGGCAGAAGAGAUUGAAUCAGUGGAAACUGGAGAGGCUGGCUCGCAAGAAGCUGCUGCAGGACGUACUUGAUGGCCGUGCUUUGCAGAUCAGGGAGAGAUUGGCCCAGAAUGAGCUGAGGCAGCUCGAGGCCAAGCAGGAAAAGGAGGAGCUGGUCCGCAUCAUCGAGGAGAACAAACGUCUGGAGCAGGAGAAGGCAGCAAAGCUCUGGCAGCAGAACCUGCAGUACCAGCAUGACCUGGAAGGCCAGAUUGACCACAACAACCGCAUGAGGGAUGCUCGGAUACGUAGCGGGGAGGAGGAAGAUCGACUAGGCAUGCAGGCAGAGCGCGAGUAUCAGGAGAGAAUCAAGAGUGCGCUCAAGAGUGUCCAUGUUGAAAACAUGCAUCCAUUCCGUCGCCAUCUCAUGUCAAUGCAGAAUCAGGCAUAAUCCAUUUUGGAAUGGAGAUAGCUCAAGCUAUUUACUUUUGGCAAAAAGGACGUGAUAUUUUAAUUCACAUUUCUGUCAAGUCUCAAGUGAGGUCAAUUUGUGUCCUUUGACGUGUUAUUUUAGUGAAUUGUACUACAAUGUACAUUGGAUUUUCAGAUGAAGAUAAAUGCAGAUUUCAUCAUUGAAUAAUAAUUUCUAAGUUUCAACUCCGUCCAGUUAGAUUUUUUGCUGUUAUGUAUACCGACAAGUCAUUAGCUGAAUAUCUAUGAACUUGUGAAUAUCUUUGUUUGGUGAUUACUGUUCGUAUAACUGAAUGAACGACAUGUACAGUAAUACUGCAGAUUGUUAUCCAGUGACUCUUUAUUUCCACCUGCAUCAAAAGUAGAAUGAUGUAGCAAGUUUACGGAGUAUUAACAAGGUUGGCAGUGUAGCACUGUGCAAAUCAAUUUAUCAGUAUUAAAAUGUUUUAUUUCAUUAUUGAGAGUUAGGAGUUUAAGAAUCUCCUUGAUUGACAUGUGAACAAAGACAACAAAAGGUAACCUCAGUUUCCAGUUAACGUGCUUCUUAAGUAUCCAGGCAAGGCGAUAUAUUUGCAUUUUCAGAUUUUGUCAAGAGAAAUAUUAUAUACUGAAUAAUUAUUCAUCAGUAGACAGCAUUAACAGUGAUAUGAUAUGAACUUCAAAACUAAAUUGCAAGAAAUGCAGUGUGGUGUUCACACUUCCGGGAAGUGGAGGAAUUCAGCCUGGACAUACACCAGUGAAUUCAUAGUGAUCCCGUCUGUCCAUGCUUUGUUUGUUGAUGUUCAGUUGUUUGUAAAGAUGUUUGUGCACUCUGUGUAUGAUCCCCACAGUAUACUACUUCCAGCUUUGUUUCUUAUUACACAUCAAGUGAAAUGUUUGGUAGACAGAAGCAUGUGACUCUCUGUCCCACUGAUUAUCAAGUCAUCACAAGGACCUUAUUUGUUAAGAAAUAAGAGCUGGAAUGUUCCUCAACCGUACUUAUUGGAUAUUUUUGCUCACUCACAAAUUCACAUUACCAGGUAAAGGAAGUUAAAUAUAGGUUUAGGUAGAUACAAAUCUAUUCACGAGUGCAAGUUAUUAAAUAUUUAACACAACCAUGCAAUUCAAUACUGUUUUGAGAUAUGUAUGUGCAUUCAAUGUUGAAUGUAAUUAUCUGAAAUUUACAAUUGUAAAUAAAGUAUAUUUAUAUCAUAA